AUGGGAAACAGCUGCAACGGCCCGAACGCCGCCGGCCGCAACGGCUUCUUGGCCUCCGUCGCCAUCUGGCGCCCCGCGAAGCCCGCCGACGAGGCCGCGCCUCCAGCCGCCCUCCCGGCGUCCACCUCCGACAAGAAGGCGCCAGAGCCCGUCACCAUCCCCGCCGGCGAACACUCCUCCCAUCACGCCUCACGCGCCUCCGACCCGCCUCCCCCCAAGUCCGCCGAGCCGCAGCAGGCCCAGGCCCCUCCGGCCAAGAAGCCCGUGCCCAAGGUCAAGCGCGUCCAGAGCGCCGGCCUCCGCGCCGACUGCGUCCUCAAGCGCGACGUCAACACCGCCCGCCUCAAGGACCUCUACACCAUCGGGAAGAAGCUGGGGCAGGGCCAGUUCGGCACCACCUACCUCUGCGUCGAGAAGGCCACGGGCAAGGAGUUCGCCUGCAAGUCCAUCGCCAAGCGGAAGCUGCUCACCGAUGAGGAUGUCGAGGACGUGCGCCGCGAGAUCCAGAUCAUGCACCACCUCGCCGGACACCAGAACGUCGUGUCCAUCGUCGACGCCUACGAGGACGCCGUUGCCGUGCAGCUCGUCAUGGAGCUCUGCGCCGGCGGCGAGCUGUUCGACAGAAUCAUCCAGAGGGGGCAUUACUCUGAGAAGGCCGCGGCGCAGCUCACGCGGGUGAUCGUGGGCGUCGUCGAGGCGUGCCACUCGCUCGGCGUCAUGCAUAGGGAUCUCAAGCCCGAGAAUUUCUUGUUCGUCAACCAGAAGGAGGACUCGCCGCUAAAGGCCAUUGAUUUCGGGCUCUCCAUAUUCUUCACGCCAGGUCAGAUGUUUACAGAUGUUGUUGGAAGUCCAUACUAUGUUGCACCUGAGGUUCUUUUAAAAAACUAUGGGCGUGAGGUUGACGUCUGGAGUGCUGGUGUAAUAAUCUAUAUCCUGUUGAGUGGGGUUCCACCAUUCUGGGAUGAAAGUGAACAAGGAAUAUUUGAACAAGUUUUGAAAGGUGAACUGGACUUUUCAACUGAACCCUGGCCUAGUAUCUCAGAUAGUGCGAAGGAUUUGGUCAGGAAAAUGCUUAUCCGUGAUCCAAAGAAGAGAUUGACUGCCCAUGAAGCCCUAUGUCACCCUUGGGUUUGUGUUGAUGGAGUUGCUCCUGAUAAGCCUCUUGAUUCUGCUGUCCUGAGUCGGUUGAAACAAUUUUCUGCAAUGAACAAACUAAAGAAAAUGGCCCUUAGGGUUAUUGCUGAGAGUUUGUCAGAAGAAGAAAUUGCAGGAUUAAAGGAAAUGUUUAAAAUGCUAGACUCUGAUAAUAGUGGUCAUAUCACAUUGGAGGAGUUAAAAUCUGGCUUGCGGCGAGUUGGUGCUACUUUGAUGGACUCCGAAAUUGAUGCUUUAAUGGAAGCAGCAGAUAUUGACAAUAGUGGUACAAUCGAUUAUGGGGAGUUUAUUGCUGCAACAAUGCACAUAAACAAAGUUGACAAGGAGGAUAAGCUCUUUACAGCUUUCUCAUACUUUGAUAAAGACGGCAGUGGUUAUAUUACUCAAGAUGAGCUCCAAAAGGCAUGUGAGGAGUUUGGUAUUGGAGACACCCGUCUUGAAGAUAUUAUUGGCGAUGUUGAUAAGGACAAUGAUGGACGGAUCGACUACAAUGAGUUCGUUGAAAUGAUGCAGAAAGGAAAUAAUCCACUGGGUAGAAAAGGACAUCAAAGCAAUGUGAACUUUGGUCUUGGAGAUGCACUGAAGCUUCGGUAAAAGAAGGUGCAGUUGACCAAAAUUACCAUACAGUGACUCGCAAAAGUUAGCACAGCAGCAGAAUAGCUCCCACAACUUGUCGCAUGCAGGCCG